UGCGGGAGGGGGGUCCCGGCGAGCUCGGGCACCUCGAGGGUAGCCGAGGGCCGUGCGCUUUGCCCUCGUAGUGCGAGCCAACUGAGAGCGGGGAGCCCGCGGCGGGCGGCGGGGACGCGCCCGGUGGUCUAGAAGUGCCCCGAGAGUGCCCCGGGGCGGUGGGCAGCGCCGGUCCCAGGGCUCGAGCGAGGUGCGGUUCGCCCGGCGGCCCCCGGUGCCCGGAUGUCCGUCAGGCUCGGCGCGAGCCGUGGCUCCGGGGGGCGGAGGCGGCGCUGAAGUCGCGGAGCUGAGGACGCAGCGGCCGGGAGCUGAGCGUCCGCGCGCCUCGGGCGUCCGCUGAGCAGUGUCGCGGAGGACUGCGGUCGAUGGAGAGCGCGGCGCGGGCGGAGGGGCCCGCGCGAGGGCUCUGAUGGACACGGGACGCCGGACUGUGUGAGCCGAGCCAUGGCAGCCCGCUCCAGCUUGUACAAUGAAGAUAGAAACCUGCUUCGGAUUCGAGAGAAGGAGAGACGCAAUCAAGAAGCUCACCAAGAGAAAGAGGUGUUUACUGAGAAGACGCCGCUGUUUGGAGAGCCCUACAAGACGGCUAAAGGCGAUGAGUUGUCGAGUCGCAUACAGAACAUGCUAGGCGACUACGAGGAGAUGAAGGAGUUUCUGAGCGCCAAGUCGUGCCCUCAGCUGCUGGAGGGCGCGGAAGACAGGCCAGGGAAGCCGAGAUACCCUUCACUUCAUGACAGGGGCAACAGCCUUGCCUCCCACUCCUUCCGCACACAUGUCUACCACCAGCCUAUUUCUACUUCUGCCCCUGGAUCACUUUCUGUCGGUAACAUUAGCCACAGUCCAAAGAUGGCACCGCCAAGGAUGGAACCAGUGCCAAGUCUCCACGCCAAAAGCUAUGGCCCGCCCGACAGCCAGCGUCUGACUCAAGAUCGCCUCAGUCAGGAAGGGCACUGUUCCAGCCACAGAAAGUAUGACCGCAGAGCUGAUGGUGACUCAGCUCCGGAGAUGAAGCUCUCACCCUUAAUCUCCUCAUUGCCAUCCCCUGUGCCCCCUUUGUCACCUGUACAUUCCAGACUGCAAGGACCCAGCAAGGUUCCCAGCAGCAGUGGCACUAGCAGUAAAAGCUACUGUGCAGCUGUGUCUUCCAAGGACCUGCUGGUGAAGGGUCAGGAUAACGAGACUCCUCUUGACAGUUUGGUGGCAGUUACCAGCCUCGGGGUAGCCCCUUCUCAGAUGUUUCCACCCCCUCCCCUCCCCUCCAAAAGUGUUGUGAUGCAGCAGAAGCCCACGGCAUAUGUCCGGCCCAUGGAUGGUCAGGAUCAGGCUCCUAGUGAGUCACCGGAGCUGAAGCCACCGCUGGAAGACUAUGGACAGCGGAGCUUUGAAAAGCCGGAUGCAAAGGUGCCUGCCAAGGCCAGGCUCACCAGACUGAGGAUGCCUUCACAGUCAGAGCAGACGUUCUCCAAUGAAGCUCACUGCGUUGAAGAGAUUCUGAAGGAAAUGACCCAUUCGUGGCCACCUCCUCUGACAGCCAUACACACACCCAGUACCGCCGAGCCCUCCAGAUUUCCUUUCCCUACAAAGGAUCCUCUGCACAUCAGUUCUGCAGCCCAAAGCCAAAAACAAUAUGACUCACCGUGCAAAACCCAUCCCAGUUCCCAGCAAGGAACAUCCAUGCUUGAGGAUGACCUGCAGCUCAGCGACAGUGAAGACAGCGAUACGGAACAAGCUGCAGAGAAACCUCCGUCCCCAUCUGCACCUCCAAGCGCCCCACAGCCGCUUUCCGAACCAGUGGUGUCAGCACAUUCCAGUAGUGCAGAGUCAGAGAGCAGCGCGUCUGACAGCUCCUCGGACUCCGAGACUGAGAGCAGCUCCAGUGACACCGAGGAGAACGAGCCCCUCGAAACCCCGGCUCCCGAGCCCGAGCCUCCGACAACCAACAGGUGGCAGCUGGACAACUGGUUGACCAAGGUCAGCCAGCCCCCAGUGCCCCUCGAGGGUCGCGCAAGCACUGAGUCUCCACGCUGGCGCCAGGAGAGUAAGGAUGGAGACCGCAGCACUGAGCAGCCGCACCCUGAGUCCAAAGACCCUCCCCCUAAGAGCUCCAGCAAAACCCUCCGAGGUCCCACUGAGGGGCCCCAGCCUGGGAAGAGGAGCUGCCAGAAAUCCCCUGCCCAGCAGGAGCCCCCACCUCGGCAAACUGUCGGAACCAAACAACCCAGAAAACCUGCCAAGGGCUCUGGCCAGGCAGAGCCCCAGGGCAGCGGGCCUGCCGAAAGUGACCCAGGGCCCCUUCCCUAUGGCUCAAAAGAACAGACUUCCAAAGACAAACCCAAGGUAAAGACGAAAGGCAGGCCACGCUCUGUGGGCAGCAGGGAGCCUAAGCCUGAAGGGCCCAUGCCUAAACCACAGGCAACUGUGCCCAAGCCACAGGCAGCUGUGCCCACCCCUAAUGAGAGGAGGAAGCACAAGGGUUCCCCGGCCCCCUCCAAGGCCCCCUCAGGCCCUCAGCCUCCAAAGGACAAUGCUGGGAACAGGAACUCUGAGCACUUUGCUCUUGUCUCCUUGACUGAGAGCCAGGGUCCACCCCACAGUGGCAGGGGCUGCAGUGGUGUCAGCGGCAUCAGGACUAGCCGCUGCCGACAGGCGGUGAUUGUCCAGGAGGACGGCCAAAAAGACAGACUCCUGGUACCCUUGAGAGACACCAAAUUGCUCUCACCGCUCAAGGACACUCAACCACCAACAAGCUUGGUGGUGAAGAUAACCCUAGACCUUCUCACUCGGAUUCCCCAGCCCCUGGGGAAGGGCGGUCACCCCAGGAAAGCGGAAGACAAGCAGCUGCUGGCGGCAAAGAAGCAGGACUCUGAGAAGAGAACCAGCGACGGCUCCAGCAGAGUAACCAAGAAGAGAAAGGGCGACCCAGAAACAGACCGUGACAGCAAGAAAAUCAGAUUGCAGAAGGAUGUCCCCUCACACUGUGCUUCGUCUUCGUCUUCCCACACUGAGUCUUCCAAGACGAAGACUCCCAGGCCCCCCUCGGAGUCCUCAAGAAAGGAAAUGCUUCCUCCUCCACCUGUGUCAUCCUCUUCCUCCUCCUCGUCGUCUUCCUCCUCCCAGAAGUCAACCAAAACUGCACACAAGAGGUCAAAGCCGGAUGCAGAAGCCUGUGGUCAGGAUCCUCCCAAAAGUGCCAGCAGUACCAAGGGCAAUAAGGACUCCUCCGUUCCCAAGCACAGAAAAGUGCAGGCCAGGGGCUCGGAGCACAAAGGGUCUUCUGGAGAACUCGCAAACCCGUUCCCAGUGCCUUCUUUGCCAAAUGGUAACUGUAAACCAGGGAAGCCACAAACGAAGCCUGACAGACAUCAAGCUGAUUUUCAUAUGAAGGAGGCUAAAAAAUUGAAGUCCAAAGCAGAGGCAAUGGCGGACAAGACUGGAAAGGCCUUCAAGUAUUUGGAAGCCGUCCUGUCUUUUAUUGAGUGUGGGAUGGCUACGGAGUCAGAAAGCUCAGCAAAGGCGGCGUACGCUGUCUACUCAGAAACCAUAGACCUCAUUAGGUUCACAAUGUCACUAAAACCCUUCUCAGAUACCACGGCGCCAGCACAAGAAAAGAUAUUUGCUGUUUUAUGUUUGCGUUGCCAGUCCCUGGUGAACAUGGCGAUGUUUCGCUGUAAAAAGGAUGUAGUAAUGAAGUAUUCUCGCACGCUUAGUGACCACUUCAAGAGUUCUUCCAAAGUGGCCCAGGCACCUUCUCCGUGCAUGGCAAGGAGCACAGGCGUUCCGUCUCCCCUCUCCCCAAUGCCUUCUCCUGCCAGCUCUGUGGGGUCCCAGUCAAGUGUUGGCAGCAUGGGGAGCAGUGGGGUGACGGCCACCAUCAGUACCCCAGUCACCAUCCAGAACAUGACCUCCGCCUAUGUCAACUUCACAGCCCACGUCCUUAAGGCCUUUGAUCUGUGGGAUCAGGCAGAGGCCCUUACAAAGAAGAAUAAAGACUUCUUUGCUCAGCUCAGCACAAAGGUGCGUAUCUUGGCCCUCAACAGCAGCCUGGUGGACCUGGUGCACUACACAAGACAAGGUCUGCAGCGGCUGAGACAAGCUCCCAAAACUCCCUAGUACAGGCUGGGAUUACUCGAUGCCUUGGAAUGUCUUUGCACAAUUGGAAGCCUUGAUCAGUGUAGACAGCUGUCCGACUGGGAUGGCACACUCAAGAAGUGAAACACCAUGAGAUGGCCAGAAUGCUUGCCCGCUCAAACUCACAAGAGCUGUGUGGCCAUCGGUUGGACGCUGGUUAGCAGAGCGGACGGUGGGAAAUGAUCUGCCUUUCCUAACGGAAGGACAGAAGUGCAAUGGAGCCUAGCUGGCACAUGGAUGGUCUAGCAACAUUUCUGUUUGUUUGUUUGUUUGUUUUUCUGUUUGUUUGAACAAUAGGAUACAAUUUGCAGAGGAAAGGACGAGAAGCAGUUUCUGGUCCACGGCAGAUUCCUGUCAUCUCAGUGGCCACAUAAGUUCACUUCCAGAAGGAAUUUUUUUUCAAAUAAUAAUUUUUGGUGAAGGGUUUUAUGGAUAUAUUUUUUCUUUUCAAGUUUUAAAGAAAAUAUUGUUUAAUAAAUUGUGAUGGCCACCUGUAAAGCAGAAGUCGUGAAGCUCCACUGUGCUACUUCCUGCAGUGAACAGUGGUUCUGGUGACUGUCAUCAUUUAGAGAACUGAAGGGGCCGCCCUCCCCCGCCGCCCCCCCGUCCCCAGUGCCUAGAGUCCUGCACUGUCUAGCUCUGGCUUCCUCGGGUCUGUCCUAGAGGAGUGGCAGCGUCUAGAUCCAGGAUCCAUCUUAUGGUCUUCCCCACAUCCCAGGUAGUCCUGCACUCCCUGCCUCCCGCCACCACACUCCUGGAAAGUGACUGGCUAAGCAGCACCCGUGGUGCAUGUGGGCAAAGGGAGCCACUGUUGUUUGCCUUGGGUGGGAGGCGGACGGACUUCCUCAUCUGUCAGAGUUCCCGGUGCUGACAGUGCCGUGGCAACUCGUCCUCAGUCAACGAAAGUGAGGUCUUCCUACAGAAGCUGUAUUUUUCUGCUACAAAUUAUUUUAUAUUUAUAGCAAAACUCAACCUUCCAAAGCCCUUUGAUUAUCCAGGGGAUACUGCCUCCCCAAAAGGAUAUGGAGAUUUGGGGUUUGGGAAUCCACUACCACACACCCUCAGUCCAGACUUCUCAGGUACGGUGAUUGGAUACUGAAGACCUGUGACCUUCCCCAGCCAUACCCACCCCCAUUAAUCAAGUCCACGUCCACAGAGUGAGAGCACACACGGACUUCACACCUGCCCAUAAGCACAGGCCUUUCACUGAGAGUCACAAGUGAGUACUGGAAUGCUAAAAGCCAAUUCUCUAUCCCUGCAGAAAGUAGAAUUUGCACGUGUUAUGACUGUUUUUCCCCUCCCUCUCUCCCUUCCCACCCAUCUCCACUUGCUACCAGCCUUGCUGUGUGUUUGUAUCUAGAGAUGAGUGGAGAUGGAAGACCCAUCUUAGUGAGGGUGCCUAAGGUCCCUGGGGUGGGGGACAACUUUCUUACCUUGGUAAAUCCACACAGGGGCUGCAGGUGGGUAUGGUGCCAGGUGUUGGUGCGACACUCCUCGGCUUCUCAGCUUUGGAUGGAGCCAGAGAAAUGGCUACCUUGUGCGUCUCUGAGCACAGGCUGAGACCAAUGGAGCAGUUUUUUAUUAAUGUUUCCUGUAAAGUUCUUGUUCACUGAGCACGUGGUCAGUUGUCCCCGUCACCUCUCGAGCAGAGUCUGGCUUGUGUAGUCUCAUACGGCUCUUUUCCCUUCUCCCAUGGCGGUCUGUAUCCCUUGCUGUACCGUGGAAACGAGCUGCCCGUCAGUUGUGACCGGUUCUAGUCUAGACAGAUUUUGCCAAAGCAUGUGUGUCCUGCCAGUGGCCCACUGUGCCCCUUGACUGAACACGCUUAGCCAGUGCAGGAAGAACGGGCCACCUCGUCCUUUGUACUGGAUGUGUUUUCUCAAUUCUCUAUACUCCAGUUUCAUUUGUACCUUGAAAACUAAUGAAUUUGGACAGACCUGUUUGUAGCAAUUUGGUGUGUAGAUGAGAAAGAGAGGGAACACAGUGGCCGAUGAGUGCUGCUGCUGCUCACUGUAGAAACCUGAAGAUCAUGUAAACAAUUCGCACAUUUCACUAUAUGCUUACAAUUCCCCAGGGCAGCACUUUCCCAAGGCGAUUCAUCCGGAAGGACUAUAAAAUGAACCCCUUGAAUGUGUGAUGCUAUAACCAUAGAAGAGUAUAUACUUGCUGGUGAGGGAAGCAGCGUGUUGGAGAGUGAAGGGCAGUCUUGCCUUUGCCUUACAAUGGGUGUGGAUGGCCAUACAUGUAGAAGCCCUUCUAGAUCAUAAAAAAUCCUGUCGCUUUCCUUCAAGGAAAAGGGAGCAAGGAUUGCACGGCAAGUGUAUCCUCUGGACAGAAAGGACCCCACCCACCCCUCUGUGCACUCUAAUUCUAGGUCUUAGGACGUUUAGAGUGGGCUCUUCCCCGUCUUGAUUGAAAAUGUGCCUUAACUGACACCUUAUGUAUUCAUGUUAGGGACAGGACCUCAACCUUAGUAUUCCUGCUUAGAAAGUGCUGUGUGCUGCACAGCUACGGUCCCGAUGCAGAGGAUGAGAUUUGUCUAGACGUAUUUGUGCCUUUGUUGACCAAACAGCUUCUCAAGUGAUGCUCUUUAUUUUGCCACGGCUUCAAGGGCUGAUGUUUACUUUGCUGCUUUGUCAAGUCUGAGGUCUGUGCAUCUUAAGGUAAAUGAGUUGGGCUUUACAAAAAUAUCUAAACUCUUUCCAUGCCCCCUGCAAAUCCCUCCUCUUGGUGAUCUACCUUUCCCAACACUACCAAUGCACCACUUCGUUGUUCAUUCUUUCCCGCUGCUUAGAAGUAUUUAAAUCUCCUGAGAAUAUUCCAGGCUCCUUUAGAGACACAGAAGUGUAGGUUUUUCUGAGAAUGAGCCAACUGCUCUGCAGCUGUGGGGAGGGUAGGUUCCAUUUGGAUGCCUACUUCUCCCUGCCUCCUUCUGUUGGUUUUGGUCUAUUUGGAAAUAAUGGGUGUGAGGAUGUUUCCUGUGCCUUAAGGGAUGUUAAAGGGCAGAAGGGCAUGAUGUUGGGGUUUUCCUUCAAAUUCUGUAAGUGGUAUUUCUGCCAGGUGGUCCUCCAGUGUGCAGUCCAGUCAUGCUGGCUUCCCACUGAGAACAGUCACCUGUGGCCAUGCCCUUCUAAUGAUGAUUGACAAGCACAUUUCUUCAGGCGGCUGUGAGUUUCCUAGGGGUGAAUGACACACUAUAUUCUGCUCCACUGUGCGUCCCACAUUGCAGUCACUGUGAUGACCGAAGUGCCUCUUUCCCUACCUAAGAGGGAGCCAGAGGACGGGAAGGAAGCCUCGAACUCCCUACAUCUGUCCAUAGGACGGACACUGGAAUAAGGCCACUGACACGCAGGCCACGCUGCAUUGCUGGGCCGCACCGUGGUUGACCUGAGGAAGAUGAACUCGCUUUGCCUAGGUGUUUUAGCAGUACUCAAUACAGGCAGUAUUAAGUUUGCCUUUUGUUCAGGCCACGAUGUGUAUUGCUAAUACUGCACACCCUCACAAUCUCAUGCUGGGGUAUGUGCAUGUCUGUUCCGAAUCUUGUUUUAAUUUUUUCUGAAUGUGAUCAUGUUUUGGAUGAUACCUGAGCAGGGUUGCCUUUUUUAUUUAUUACCAUUAUAUAUUAUAUUAUAUAUUAUAUAUUUUCUUUCUUAUAAUGUUAGAGGAAAGUCAAAUCUUGGUAUUAUUAAAAUUGCUUUAAAAAGGAAUAGGUUGCCCAGGUGAUACUGCAAAUCACUGGUUUGUUUUCCUUUGAUUGCCAUGGAAUACUGUGCCAGCCGUCACCGACACGAUGGGUCUGUGCAGGCUGGGGAGCCUCUGCUCCCAGUGAAGAUGGAGAGCAACAAUGGGAAACACCACAUUUUUAUCAGCUUCAGCAAUGAGACUGCAAACUUGGGGCUUUUGUGAAUAAAAUUUAGCUGCCUUGUAGAAUCCUUUGAAAGAGGCAGACAUGAUCUGUGAGAAUUUUUUUAAAAGAAAAUCUGCAAAAGAUCUUUCCAAAGAUAAUGUGCCACAGAUCUUUUGUUCUUCUCUGUAUUGAGGAUUAAAUGCUAUUUUAAAUGUAAUUGACUUGUUCAUCUUCACAGUCUUUCCACAAGAUCAAACUGUAGAAAAAAUAUUUAAUAAAAAUUUAGAGAAAUCAUUGGAGUUGAAACUGUGGUUUUU